ACUUUCGAAUUCUCUAACUAAUUUUUGACUCCCUCUAGCUCGAUAUAAAGAUCGUCAUCAGCAUUGCUCACUUAGUACACUUUCUCCAUUUCUUAAUAUCAAAAAAAUUAAAUACAUGGCCUUAGCAGCUGUUUUUCUUAUUGUUUGCUUGCUAGCAGUUCCUGCAGCACAUGGCGUGGAUCAUAUUGUCGGAGGCAGCUCUGGAUGGAAUCAAGGGGUAGAUUUUACUACCUGGGCUUCCAACGAAAAAUUUGUAGUAGGCGACAAUCUCAUAUUCAAUUACGGGUCCUCCCACAGUGUGGAUGAAGUAAGCCAAUCCGAUUACAGUUCUUGUACUGCUGGAAAUGCACUGACUGCAUAUACAGGAGGCCAGAACACUGUCGCGCUGAAAAAGUCAGGUCCAAUGUAUUUCCUGUGUCCGUCAUUUGGUCAUUGCGGUGGUGGCAUGAAAUUAGGCAUCACAGUGGCAGAUGCUUCCACGCCCACCACCCCUGCCACGCCAACAGCAAAGCCGCCAGGCACCCCUGCCUCUCCAUCAACUCCAAAAGACGACUCGCCUAGUGGUGCAAUUGGAGGAUCUGGUUACAUAAACAAAUUGGUGCUAGGAGUUUCCAUUGUUUUGGCAGGUCUUAUGGGGUUUAUGAGCUAGAGAAGUGGCAGUGCUGUACUUUAAUCUCUUCAUUGUAACAUUGUAUUUGUGCUUUCUCGACAUCACUGAUGAAUAAACGUUACUUUGUAUUCGUUAUCAGACACAACAAA